ACUGUCAUUUCUCAUGUAUAAUGCGCAAUUUGUACCCCCCAAAAUUGUCAAAAGUCAAUAGUGCGCAUUAUACAUACGUAUAGGGGCAAAUGGAUAAAACUUUCACAUUUUAUAAAUGGGCGGCACGGUGGCCGACUGGUUAGAGCGUCAGCCUCACAGUUCUGAGGACCCGGGUUCAAUCCCCGGCCCCGCUGUGUGGAGUUUGCAUGUUCUCCCUGUGCCUGCGUGGGUUUUCUCCGGGCACUCCGGUUUCCUCCCACAUCCCAAAAACAUGCAUUAAUUGGAGACUCUAAAUUGCCCGUAGGUGUGACUGUGAGUGCGAAUGGUUGUCUGUUUGUAUGUGCCCUGCGAUUGGCUGGCAACCAGUUCAGGGUGUACCCCGCCUCCUGCCCGAUGACAGCUGGGAUAGGCUCCAGCAUGCCCGCAACCCUAGUGAGGAGAAGCGGCUCAGAAAAUUGAUGGAUGGAUGGAUGGAUUUUUAUAAAUGUAUGCCGCCAUCUAGUGGUUAUGAAAAAGCUGUACACGUUCAUUCCAAAAUGCCAUCGCCACCUAGGGGUUAUGAGAAAGGUGUACACUUUCAUUCUAAUAUGCCACCGCCACCUAGUGGUUAUAAAAAGGUGUAGCCUACACUUUCAUUCCAAUGUGACAAGGGUACGCAUGACUGCAUAUAUGUACAGUUGUGUUCAUAAGUUUACAUACCCUGGCAGAAUUUGUGAAAUAUUGAUUUUUAUUUUUUUUUAAAUAUGACUGAUAACUGAACAACAACCAUCAUUAAUUUAUUUACGGUUAUGUUUUGUUUAAUGAUAAUGCUUUUCUGAAAUGCUUGACCGUUUAAUUUGAAUUCCAUUAAAAUAAAAUUAAAUGUGGUUCAACUGGUCCUUCAUGUUUUCUUUAAAGAAUUGUAAUUCUUACCAAUUCUGCCUGGGUAAUCAAACAUAUGAGCACAACUACGUGUUUUCUAAUUUACUAAAUAUAAGUAGGGCUGUGAAUUUCAAGAUAAGAGCAACUCAAUUUAAAAAAAAAAAAGGAUUACAUGUUCAAAGUGCUGAACUUUAGAAUUAUUCUUUUAAAAAACUAACAAAAUACAGAUCAUAUUAGAAGGGUUUUCCAGAAUUUUGAGGUCAACUUUGGGGGUGCGCAUUAUACAUGAGAAAUCACGGUAGCUUAAUGCAUGACUUUCAGUCAUGUUUUAGAAUGUCACAGUUGGCCAUUUGGGACUACAAUGUUCAAGUUUAUAAAUAGACAUUUUACCUUACCUUUAUGUAAGACUUCUCUUAUAAAACAGUAAAAAGAUUAAAAUUACAAAGGAAAAUAGCCAUCAAGUCACAUGCUGCAGAGCGCGACUGUACUUCAUAGUGAACAGUGGGUGUCUUGUGUGUGGAUUGAGCUGAACAUUCACACUAAUCUUCUUUUCAGUUGUCCCACUUCAGCCUGGAGCUUUUGUGUCUUGACUUCGUACAUAUUCUGCUUAGUGGAAAUCAGUAUUGUAUAACUAUUAAGAUAAAAUGACUACAACCCUGAAGGGAGUUUACCACAUCACAGCAUUCAGUUGGUUUGCUUUUGUUGUAAUGACUCUGGCUGCUAAGGAUGGAGAAGAAUUACCACCUGGGAUCUUUGUUUACGGAGGACCUUGGAAGUACCUCACUUUUUUGAAUUUGUUACUACAAAUGGUAUUCUUUGGCCUGGCCGCAGUGAAUGAUCUUCAGCAUGGGGAAAACUCAGGGGGCGCGCUCAAUAGAUGUACAGAUCUAAUGUUCUCUAUAUUUGCCUUCCCUGUGGGCAUGUUUGUUGUUGUUAUUUUUUGGACUAUCUUUGCCUAUGACAGAGAGUUGGUCUACCCGGCAACAAUUGAUGCCUUCCUCCCUCCUUGGAUAAACCAUGCUAUGCAUACAUUUGUCCUUCCUUUGUUACUUGGAGAAUUUCUGGUGCAGCACCAUGCCUACCCUCAAACAAAGAAUGCACUGGCAACACUGGGAUUAAUGGGCUUGGGUUACCUAUUCUGGAUUGUCUGGGUGUACUUCUCAGCAGGAAUGUGGGUGUAUCCCCUCCUUGGGCAUUUCAGUGCUGUUGGUCUGGUGGUCUUCUUUUGUUUUAAUAUGUCUGUGGUUACAUUGCUCUACCUUCUUGGAGACAAACUCAACACCCGAGUGUGGAAAAACACACUUAAUCACCACUGACAGAGGAAAAGUCAGUAUAGGGCUCUGAUAAUUCCAUGACCUGAAAUGGCUUUUUUUUUCCCUCCCCAAAGGCAACACACCACAUUCUUUUCAAAUACAACACGCUGAAUAAUGUUGAAGAAUAAUUAUUUGCAAAUUUUUAACCUAAACAUUACAUACCUACUAAGACUUGGAAUGGCUAUUAUAAAGCAAGUCGAUACUAAUGUUUGAAGGAUUUGAGACUCUCUGCACUUCCUCAAUACUGUAUAUUUUCAGCAUAUACGUAUACAGUAACUGUAAAGGUCCAGUUCUACAUGUUAACGUUGCAGUUUAACAUUUUAAUUGCUGCCAACUCCUCCAAUAAAGAAAGUCAA